AUGUAUGUGAGAGCAGUUCCUCCGACGGAUUUGAAUCGGAACACGGAGUGGUUCACCUAUCCAGGCGUCUGGACCACCUACAUCAUCAUCCUCUUCACAUCCUGGUUCAUGGUUCUCUGCCUCCUGGGUUGCUCUGCCGGCACCGCUUGGACCGUCGUCCAUCUCGCCCACUUCAUCGUCACCUACCACUUCUUUCACUGGAAGAAGGGGACUCCAUUUGCUGACGAUCAAGGUAUCUAUAAUGGGUUGACUUGGUGGGAGCAAAUUGAGAAUGGGAAGCAACUCACACGGAAUAGGAAGUUUCUCACCGUUGUGCCAGUUGUUCUGUAUCUAAUAGCAUCGCACACAACAGACUACCAAAAUCCAAUGCUGUUCUUCAACACGCUGGCCGUCUUUGUUCUGGUAGUCGCCAAGUUCCCUCACAUGCACAAAGUCCGCAUAUUCGGGAUCAAUGGGGAUUUCUGA